AUGGUUAAAGGCAGAGUGUCCAACCUUCCUUACCUUCUAAAAUGGGACAAGGAUAACCUGACCUGGGGUGUUGUGAGAUACUCGACAAAAAUCAGACCUCUUUUUCAAUGGAGAACAUUCCAAAAAGCAUUCAGAAUAUGGGCUAGACAUUCCAAUCUACGAUUUAAAUAUUCUCACAGGAAACCAGAUAUAAAGAUUUUAUUUGCUAGACUGGAACAUGGUGAUGGUGAUUACAAUGCAUUUGAUGGUAGAGGAAAACUUUUAGGACACGCCUUCCUACCUGCCAAUGGGGGAACCCAUUUUGAUGACGACGAACGAUGGACCUUAAAAGGUGGUAACUUUUCAUUUGACCAGAUUCAUUUACCCACAGUGGCACUUCAUGAAAUUGGACACGCACUUGGGCUAGAACAUAUUUCUCCUCGACUAGCAGUUAUGUCGCCAUAUUUUACAGCUGUAAAAAUGAAACUUACAUCUGAUGAUAUCGCUCAAUUACGGGAACUUUAUGAUCGUAGAAGACCAGUACCACAGAAGCGGAAGUUUAAAGAAACAUUUGUAACUUUAUCACCACCUACUACAGAGGAAGUGGACAAUG